AUGUUGCUAGCUCUUAAAUCAAAGAAUAAACUAGGUUUUAUAGAUGGUACGAUAGCUAAACCUGAGGAGAAUGACAAUUUGUUUGGACUUUGGGAUAGAUGCAACACUUACAUUGUGGCCUGGAUUAACCUUUCACUUGAACCAAGCAUCUCUCAAUCAGUGAUAUAUAAUAAUAUAGCUAGUGAUAUGUGGAGUGAUCUGAGGCAUAGAUAUUACCAAGGAGAUAGGUUUACGGUUGCCGAAUUACAAGAGGAGUUGCACGCAUUACGACAAGGAGAUCUAAAUGUCACAACAUAUUUUACAAAUCUCAUAUCGAUAUGGGAAGAGUUAGAGAAUUUUAGAGGAAUUCUAGCAUGUAGUUGUGGAAGCAACUGUGUAUGUGGCCUGGGAGUAAUAAGGAGCCAUAGAGCUGAAAAUCAAGUAACAAAAUUCUUCAAAGGGUUGAAUGAUCAAUACUCUAGAAUGAGAUCUCAAGUGAUGUUGAUGGAACCACUCCCUAGCAUCAAUGUGGUAUUCUCUUUACUUACACAACAAGAGCGACAAGCUCACAGCCUUGGACCAACCUCACACAUCAUGCCAUACUUUGCCACUCCCUCAAACACUUCAGAGGCUCAAUAUGGCAGAGGGAGAGGAAGGGGUAGAGGAGGAAGGUCCCAAGCUACUAGAAGAGGCCAAGGAGGAAGAAGUAGAGUGCAAUGUACACAUUGUGGCAAGACUGGUCACAUCGUGGAUGUAUGCUACAAGAAACACGGCUUUCCACCGCAUUUGAGGAACAAAUUUGGUGGAGAGGCUGCUGUGAAUUCUCUGGCAGUAGUUGAGCUUGAGAGGAUAAAUGAAAAUCUCAGCACCAAACUGGAUGGGAGUGGAAUUGUCGAGUCUGGAUUCACUGCAGAACAACGACAAGCAUUACUAGCCCUUUUAGAUGCACUGUGUGAGAUCCAGGACCGCAGCUCCAUGAGGAUGAUUGGGAGAGUUGAAACUGUUGGUGGUCUCUAUGUACUGGAUUCUCAACUCACUCCCUUACCAGUUGGAAAAAAGGCAAUUGGGUGCAAGUGGGUGUUCAAACUUAAACAUAACUCUGACGGGACCAUCGAACGGUACAAGGCACGUCUAGUGGCUAAAGGCUUUACACAAGUUCCAGGCAUCGAUUAUCUCAACACGUUUAGUCCUGUAGUAAACCUCAGCACACUGAGAAUUGUUCUGGCCAUAGCUGCGAUGAAAGGCUGGUUUUUGAAGCAAGUAGAUGUCAACACCGCAUUCUUACACGGGGACCUUGAAGAAGAUGUCUAUAUGUAG